AUGUGGGUGAGACCUCCGGGCAGGUCAAGAAGGGCUCAUCUCUACUCCGUAGAGCCUAGGGCCCCGUUCCUGGACUUGUUUCGAUGCCCAUGUGUCAACCGUGCCGUGCAGGGGGAGGACUCAGGCCUCGGAAGAAUGCUUGUCUCUCAUUCUCCCCGGGACGUCAAGCGGUCCGUUAUUCCCGCUAGUCAACUUCUCCACUCGAUCCCUGUCUUUGCCGCGACAGAAAGCGAAAACGGGCUACGAGGAUUCGCGAGCAUCGCAGGCAUCGCAGGCAUCGCAGGCAUCGCAGGCAUCGCAGGCAUCGCAGGCAUCGCAGGCAUCGCAGGCAUCGCAAGCAUCAUCAACAAAGGGCACAUGGAGCUAAGCAAGCGGCACCCAGCUCGUGCCCGCGCAGAGGCCGUUCCUCAGUUGCUGCACCUGCUGGCGCUCGUCGGAACAUUGGAUAUAAAGUGGUGA